AUGAGGCAGGAAGAUGGGCAAAGUUGAGUGGCAAAGCCAGGCCUGGGUGAGGGGUUAGUGGAGCCAGGUCUGCGCAUGAAGGGGGCGGGGCAGGCAGAGUUGGGGGGGCCCUUAUCUCCUCAUGAGUUGGUGGUGCUGGUGGAUCCAGUUGCAAGCUCUUUGUGGCUGAAAGGGGAGCCCACGCCUGCCCACAGCCACCACCUGCCUCCCUGCUGCCUGGUCCGUGGUAGGCCAGUAACGCGAGCCCCAAGGAGGGAGCCGCAGGGCGCCCUGGGUCCCCCCUACCCCCAGCCACCCUCUGGCUGGACAUAGCCACCCAGCAGAGCGGAUGCAGGUACGAGAGGCCUGGGGCUCAGGCAGGCUGGGGUGGGUUCGGGCCUGGGAUGGCACACGAGGGCCGCAGAGAGAGACCAGACAGCUGCCACAGGGACCCAGGCUGUGCCCAGAGCCUGGUGUCCACCAGCCCACUGGCCACCACCCACCCUCCCGCGUCUGCAGAGGCCUGGGCUCCUGGGCUCCUGUCCUCCGGGGGGGCUUCUGGUGCUGAGGCCCCAGCCAUGCAGGACAAACAUGGGCAGCCUGGGAUGGGUAGGCUGCAGCCCCCUUGCAUGCCUCCCCCAGGAUGCUGCCGCCAGAGGGUCCCCGGGCCUCCGAAGAGGGCACAGCCGCUGGGACCCAGCGAGGCGACUGCGUCAUCUGCUACUCGGCCUAUGACCUCACUGGGCACCUACCCCGCCGCCUCUACUGCGGCCACACCUUCUGCCAGGCGUGUGUGCGGCGGCUGGACACGCCAGCCCACGAGCAGCGCUGGAUCCCCUGCCCGCAGUGCCGCCAGAGCACACCCACGCCCCGCGGAGGGGUGGCCAUGCUGGACCUCGACCUGGCCGCCUUCCUGGCCGUCAGGGCCGAGCGGGAGCUGCCUCGCACAGAACCCCAGCCCCCCACGCCCCUCAAAGGCAGCACCGCCAUCACUCAGCAGCCGGCCAGGCUUUGCCCCGCCUUGGGCCCCCAGCCCCACUUCCCCCAGCCCAGAUGCUGCUGCUGGGGCUGCAGCGGCCUCUGCUGGGACCCCCCGGGCAGCCCCGAGGCCUGAGCUCCGGCCGGUCUGCAGCACGCCUGCCCAGAACCUCUGGCGCGCCUGCUCAGAACAGCCUGGCAGCAGAGUGUCCCGGGUGCCACUCCGCGUGUUCACCCCGGGGCCACAACCUAAGGUCGGGAGCUGUGUCCACAGUACCGUAAGCCCCUGUAGGAGCUGGAAUCCCAGCCAGGAUUCCCAGGCCCCGCGCUGGUCUGUGUGCAGGGGAGGGGUGCUGCUGUCAGAGUCGCCUGCAAGCCCAGCCCGGGUCCAGACCCAGCUCAGAGGGUGGCUCCUGAAAGGGUCUGGGGCCCAGACCCUGGGGACUGGGCUGCAGGCCGGAGCGGCAGGGCCCGGCAGAAGCUGUUCCCGGUCCUGCGGGAGCAGGUCUCCCCUCCUCUACAGAGCGGCUCAGAGGCGUGAGCCCCGAGGGAGGGCGGGCGUCUCCCUUCACCCCUGGCCUGUGAGGCAGCCCUGCGAUGUUCGGGAGCUGUUUGGGGAGGGUCCCCCGCAGGCACAGUCACUGCUGCCACAGGCGUCCGAGGAGGUCCAGGCCCGGGGUGGGGGGACCUGCCUGAGGGGCUGCUCAGGACAGCCGCUCCCAUGCCAGGCCCUCAGCUUCCUUCUGCCUCCCGGUGGCCACC